AUGAAUGACGGCUUCAUUGCCGAAAACUCGGCCAGGGUCGAUCACUGGCCUGAGAACUUCGAGCACCUCCCUACCUUUGAUAAGCAACCCAUCACACCCUCCCUCUGCUCCGCAGCUGUUUGUCCUCCCUCUCCAGCCAUCUGCAGUGUCGUGCGACCUCCCUUCCGAGGACAACACUGCCGAUGCAACGCAGAAGCUGCGUGA